GCAAACACACCAAAUCGUACACGAUCAAACAUGCAUUUGAAACCAGCCUUGUGUUCUGCUACGCUGCUUCUGGUGCUCCUGCUUCCCCUUUCUGCGAAUGCGUCGAGCAAACUCUAUGUUGUGUAUAUGGGGGAGAAGCAGCAUGAUGAUCCAUCCGUGGUUACCGCGUCACACCAUGACGUACUGACCUCUGUUUUUGGAAGCAAAAAUGAAGCCCUGAAGUCUAUAGUAUACAGCUAUAGGCACGGUUUUUCUGGAUUUGCAGCUAUGCUAACCGAAUCGCAAGCUGAGGUCCUUGCAAAAUUCCCUCAAGUUCUAUCAGUGAAGCCUAACACUUAUCACAAAAUACAAACAACCCGGAGCUGGGAUUUCCUUGGCCUCAACUACUACCAACCACCCUAUCGCUCAUCCGGUAUCCUGCAAAAAGCAAAGUACGGUGAAGAUGUCAUCAUCGGUGUCAUCGAUUCAGGCAUAUGGCCUGAAUCGCGAAGCUUUGAUGAUAGUGGCUAUGGUCGUGUGCCCGCCCGGUGGAAGGGCACAUGUGAGACAGGUCCAGGAUUCAAUGCCACAAACUGCAACAGAAAGAUAAUCGGCACACGCUGGUACUCCAAAGGUAUUGACCCCGAGAAUCUCAAGGGGGAGUACAUGUCCCCGAGAGAUUUGAAUGGCCAUGGCACACACGUAGCUUCGACCAUCGCCGGUAACCAUGUGGGGAAUGUGAGCUAUGAAGGCCUCGGCUUCGGGGCGGCGCGCGGCGGGGCGCCACGCGCUAGGCUGGCCAUCUACAAGGUAGCAUGGGGCCUCCGUGUGGAAACCGGUGAGGCAGCUAUCGUUAAGGCCAUUGACGACGCAAUACGUGAUGGUGUAGACGUUCUGUCGCUCUCACUAUCAGGUGGCGGCGAGUCAUUCGCGUCACUGCAUGCCGUCUUGGGAGGGAUUCCCGUCGUGUUCGCAGGCGGAAACCAAGGCCCUGCGCCGCAGACAGUGGCAAAUGUCGGGCCAUGGGUCACAACGGUUGCCGCCAGCACCAUUGAUCGAUCAUUUCCGACUGUAUUGUCUCUAGGAAACAAGGAAAAACUCGUGGGGCAAUCACUUUACUCCGUAAACAUUACCAGCGACUUCGAGGAGCUUACCUUCAUCAGUGACGCUACAACCAAUUUCACUGGGAAAAUCGUCCUGGUGUACACGACGCCUCAGCCAGCAUUUGCCGAUGCCUUGAGCCUUAUCCGGGACAGUGGCGCCAAGGGCAUUGUCAUCGCGCAGCACACUACAAACUUACUCGAUGGCCUGGCCACAUGUAAUGACCUUAAGGUCCCUUGCGUGCUGGUGGACUUUGAAGUUGCACGUAGAAUUGUCUCUUAUUGUACCAACACAAGAAAGCCGGUGAUGAAAGUGUCACCGGCUGUGACCUUCGUCGGAGACGAGGUGCCAUCACCAAGGGUCGCUGCAUUCUCGUCUAGAGGCCCAAGCGCCACAUUCCCUGCGCUACUAAAGCCUGACGUAGCUGCGCCUGGAGCGAGCAUCUUGGCCGCCAAGGGCGACUCCUAUGUGUUUUUGUCUGGGACAUCCAUGGCUUGCCCUCAUGUCUCGGCGAUCACCGCGCUGCUGAAGGCGGUCCAUCCCGAUUGGUCCCCUGCCAUGAUCAAAUCUGCCAUCAUCACCACAUCGUCCGUGACCGACCGUUUUGGUGCACCCAUCGAAGCAGAGGCAACCCCACGAAAACUGGCUGACCCCUUCGACUUUGGUGGCGGCCACAUAGACCCCGACAGGGCCGUCGACCCCGGCCUGGUUUAUGACAUAGAUGCUAAAGAGUUCAGCAAGUUCUCGAACUGCACAUAUGUAAACACAAAGGAGAUGUCAUUCGAUGAUUGUGGGAAGUACAUGGGACAAUUAUACCAGCUCAACCUCCCGUCCAUUGCCCUGCCGGAACUCAAAGGCUCAAUCACGGUUCAACGUUCCGUCACAAAUGUCGGGCCAAAAGAAGCAACCUACCGGGCGGUGGUUGAGGCACCAACCGGGGUGGCAGUGUGCGUGGAGCCAUCGGUGAUCACAUUUACCCAAGGUGGUGGUAGACACGCGACGUUCAAGGUGACCUUCACAGCAAAGAGGAGGGUACAAGGCGGGUACACGUUCGGCAGCUUGACAUGGUUAGACGGCAAUGCUCACUCGGUGAGAAUUCCCAUUGCAACUCGCAUCGUGAUCCAAGACAUGAUGGCAGUUGCGGACGUAUCUUAAAUUUUCAAGCAUAUGUGCAUAUGUGCUUGAAUUUAUGUUAUUUCAAUAUAAAUAAGAUGUCUCAAGUGUUCGGUUUGUACUAUUUUUUUUUUACCAAAAGUUGUAACGAGAUACUGCAAUUAUCUUUUACAAUAUUUUACUACUUGUACACACAACAGUACACAUGCGUGCAUGUACGCCACUGGUUUGUGAGUUAAGCACAUAUCGACCUGUGAAAAUUUGAUUUAACUCAGAAAGGUAUCGUGUCAAAAAACUGCAGAUGUACGUAUUGUCAUUGAUAACCCGUAUUGUCACAACAGGGUUCUCCGGUUCAAAACUACACUAGAUGCACAUGACUUGGAGGUACAACCAUGAACAAAAGUAUCACAAAAGGGUUUUGAUACGAAAUCAUCUUAUCGAGCUCUACAUAUAAUCAUUGGGAACAACAUGUUCAUAGCAACAUCUAUUCUCCAACAAUCAUGAUCUUAAACUAAUGUCUAUUAAUUACAUAAUGUAUCCCAUACAUCACAUGUGCCUACAGCGGAUACUCACAAGUGAUUGUGGGAUCAUACAUAAUAUUCAACAGAAAUUCUCAGUCACAGCGGCAAUGAAAAUAUUCUCUACUGUCUGAAUAUUACUUCAGCAAACCAUAUUUAUGUUCAUAAACUAUUAUUACCUCUGUCCUAAUAAAAUUGUCUUAGAUUUCUCUAGAUACCAAU